GCCCGGCCCGGCCCGGCCCGGGCCGCCGCGAUGCCGGGCACUCGCGCGCCGGGGCCGCCGCUCGCUGCGCAGGUUGUGAAGGAAGACUGAAAUCCAGGAUGGCAUGAACUGGCAGUUUAUCAUGAGAGGAUGUGCCUGCACCCUCGCUGACCUGCUUGCUCAGCCUGUGCCCCGCUGCAUCAUCUCCCAGCCGGUGCGUGGGCUGCAGCCUGUCUUCGCCUUGCCCCUUGUUCCUGGUGCACCGCUCUGGCUGCUUGGCUCGCCAUGGGAGGAUGCUUCUCCAAGCCCAAACCAGUUGAAGUGAAAAUUGAAGUUGUGAUACCUGAGAAGGAGAGAAGCAAGGAAGAGAUGUCACCCAAUGGGAAAGCCAGUCCACUUGUUUACAAAGUCAAUGGGACUGCCCGGCAUUAUCAUCUUGAGGAACAUCCCAUUGCCAGCAAUCCCUACCACAAUCCGAAGGAUGUGGUGGAAGCAUCUGUGUGCCAUGUGAAGGACCUUGAGAAUGGACAGAUGCGAGAAGUGGACCUGGGCUGUGGGAAGGCUCUGCUGAUAAAGGAGAAUGGUGAAUUCUAUGCAAUGGGACACAAAUGUCCUCACUAUGGGGCCCCGCUGGUGAAAGGGGUUUUGUCUAAAGGAAGAGUCCGCUGUCCCUGGCAUGGGGCUUGCUUCAACAUCAGCACAGGUGAUAUAGAGGACUUUCCUGGCUUGGACAGCUUACCCAGAUUCCAGGUGAAGAUUGAGAAGGAGAAGGUGUACAUCCGAGCAAGCAAGCAGGCUCUUCAGACACAGAGGAGGACAAAGAUGAUGGCAAAGUGCAUCUCCUUGAGCAACUAUAACCUGAGCAGUACCAACGUGUUGAUCAUCGGUGCAGGUGCAGCUGGGUUAGUCUGUGCAGAGACCUUGCGCCAGGAGGGUUUCUCAGACAGGAUUGUAAUGUGCACGAUGGACAGACACUUGCCCUAUGACAGACCAAAGCUCAGUAAGUCGAUGGAUUCCCACCCUGAGCAGAUUGCCUUGCGCCCUAAAGAAUUCUUCCGCGCGUAUGACAUCGAAGUCUUGACUGAAAUGCAGGUUGCGGCUGUGGAUAUCAAGAACAAGACAGCUGUGUUCAAGGAUGGAUUUAAGAUGGAAUAUAACAAACUGCUGAUAGCGACUGGAAACACGCCGAAGGCUCUCAGCUGUAAAGGCAAAGAAGUGGAAAAUGUGUUUAACAUCCGAACUCCUGAAGAUGCUAACCGUGUAGUGAAACUCGCCACUAGCAAGAAUGUAGUUAUAGUGGGAGCCUCGUUCCUUGGGAUGGAGGUGGCCGCCUAUCUCACAGAGAGGGCCCAUUCCGUGUCCGUGGUCGAGCUGGAGGAAGUACCCUUCAAGAAGUUCUUUGGGGAGAGGGUUGGCCGUGCUGUCAUGAAGAUGUUCGAGAACAACAGGGUGAAGUUCUACAUGCAGACGGAAGUGUCAGAGCUGCGGGAGCAGGAGGGCAAGCUGAAGGAGGUUGUACUGAAGAGUGGGAAGGUUCUGCGUGCGGACGUUUGUGUCGUUGGUAUAGGCGCAGUCCCAGCGACGGGGUUUCUCAAGCAGAGUGGCAUCAACAUUGACUCCAAAGGCUUCAUCGUUGUCAACAAGAUGAUGCAAACCAACAUCCCAGGAGUCUUUGCAGCAGGUGAUGCUGUCACAUUCCCAUUGGCCCUUCGGAAUAAUAAGAAGGUGAACGUCCCUCACUGGCAAAUGGCCCAUAUGCAUGGCAGGAUAGCAGCUCUGAACAUGCUGGCCCAUGGCAUGGAAAUCAGCACAGUCCCUUAUCUGUGGACUGCUAUGUUUGGAAAAAGCAUUCGAUAUGCAGGCCAUGGAGAAGGAUUCGAUGAUGUCAUCAUUCAAGGAGAUUUAGAUGAACUGAAGUUUGUGGCAUUUUAUACCAAGAGGGGCUCCAGGAGAUGGCUUUUAUAUAAUAGGAUGGCAUCCUGCGUAGAGACCCUCAGGAGCGACGAGGUGGUGGCUGUGGCCAGCAUGAACUACGAUCCCAUCGUGUCCAAGGUGGCUGAGGUCCUGGCUGCUGGCAGGACCAUCCGAAAGCGUGAUGUAGAAACUGGAGAUAUGUCUUGGCUAACUGGAAAAGGCUCCUAACGCAGCAUACAGCUGCGCUCUCCUGAUGCUGCACUUGCCCUUGAGGAGAUGGGGAUCACCUGAAGUUCCACGGCAAAAUGCAAAUAAUGCAGCUGAGUCCUUUCCCUUCUCAGACUUGGAUGAACCCAGUGUCUUUCACUGAGCAGUUACCUUCCCGGCAAUUCCUGUCUGCGUGCAAAGAGCUGCUGGCUCCUCCAUCCCAGCAGCCGCCUCUGCUGGGGUUCUGCAUUUGAAGCUCCUGUGGGAACACAAGAAAGCAGGACCAUAGAGACAACGGGCUUUGACAUUCGCAGCAAGCAUGUGUGCAGCAUGGCUGAUGAGGUGUCGCUGUGACCUCUUCUGACUGUGGGACACCAGGGGAGGAGGCAGGUACCUGCUUCCAUGCUGUUCUGCCUGGGAAUGACCUAUGAAACCAGGCAGAGCAGUUAUGCUGGAUGGCGUGAUGAGAGCCUCUACCCCAAGCACAUCUGUUGUUCCCUUAAUUAGCACUAGUGCCUUUCAUUGCUUCCUGUGACCAGUCCGUGCUCUCAAGCACAUUAUCUCCUUCCCAAAUCCUCCUUGCUCCCAGCUAAGUCCCCCUGCCACUGUGCUCCAAGCACAUCCCCGUGGAGCAUGCCCUCAGGGCAUCCUGACCCUUUCUGCACACUGCAUUGCCUGCAGCACUCCUACACACAGAGCUCUCCCUAUGCCAGCCCACCCCACAGCCUCCCACCCAGCCCUCAGAGCUGGGAGCAUGCUGGGGGGGUAGGAGGGAUGUGCAACCGGUCAUGCUGAGUGGCCUCAGGUUACCCCAGCCUUCGUAAAGCCCAUGUUUAUAUUUCCCUACACUUAUGCUCCCUCACAUGUGGCUCCAGUACAUCCCACUAUGCUUCAUGCCAACAUGCUGUGGAAUUCUUUCUCAAGAUUUGUGGAGACUUUGCCAGGUUUUUCAAGGGGUCUGAUGGAAAAGGCCCUGAGCAGCUCUGGACUACUCUUCCCAUCUAGCUCCCAUCAUUUCCCAGUGAAGACGAGUCCCUGCCUAAGCUGAGGCCUCCAGCAGUUCAUCAUAUGGCCUCUCCAUGGCUCUGUGUCACCAUCCCAGAGCCCUGUCCAGGGGCUUUAUCACCGAGCCACACCAUCUCACUCUACUUACGCACACCAGCAAUUGUCAGUCUCCCCCAGUUCUCUCUGGCCCCAGACUGACCUCAUUUAUGCUUGUGCAUUUCGGGCUUUCAUUUUGCUGCUUCUGACAGCAGAGCAGUCCUACAAGCACCCUGGGAUCUUGGGCAUCAUUGCCAGGCCUUGGGAUGCAGAGCCAGUGCUCUGUGGAGCGCCCAAGGAGGAGUGUUACCAAGCUACGCUGCGGGACUGCAGCUCAUGGGGUUGGUGUCUGUCCUUCAAACCAGCCUCAUAAUUGCUCUCUUCCUAAAGAUCACUGAAUAAUCAGCCAUGCUGCUGAAAUGUUGCUCAAGCAAAAAUAGCAGAAUAGUGACUGGAGGAGUAUUUCUGGCUGUCUGCUGUCAUUCGUCACUUAUUCUUCCUGUCACCUAGUGACAAGUCUGCAUUUCUUAUCUCAGCUUUCCAUGUCAGUGCUCUGCUGUCAAAUUUUCUGUCCCUUACCAGAAGAAAGGCCUUGCCACUAGCUCAGAAGUGGGUCUGGCCAGUCCCAAGCCCUGUCUCCUCCCGCCCAGCAGGGCCUGGGAGCAGUAGGAGAACCCCCUUGGACAGCGCCCGAUGUUCUGUCCUCAGAAGUUUGUUCCUUAUCAGUUAUUUUUUACCUGGAGUAAGGCAUCGGUAAUGCCUUUUGGCAAGGAGGUCUGUAGGUCAGCUGUGUGAUGUCCAUUCCUCUUCUGUGAAGGGUGUCCAUUUGUAUCCUCUGUCUAGCUCAUCCUUAUUUAUUUCCAGACUUCAUGAUUUUUGCUUGGAUAGAAAUGUUGCCAGUUAUUUGUCAUGCUUCCCGUUGGUCUCUUAUGUUUUCACUGCAAGACUUCUCCCAGGCAGUGUAACCAGAAGUGAUUGUAGGCAGGGAUGUACCUGGGAUUCACAGCAUGCUCAGCUUCAGCCUUACUCUCCUCAGCACUCUUCAUGGUGAUGAACAGGGUCUUUAUAAUGAACUGUGACGUAUCAGCAAAUGCUGGAUCCACAAAGGGACGUAAACUUACUUUAGGCCCCAAGGUGCAAAUGUAGAUUGCCCUCUUCCCACUGCAGCACUGGUGAGGGCCCUCUGGUUUCUCUGGAUUUCCCAGGGCUGGGGCUGCCCUAUUCCUAAUGCUAUGGGGCAGCAGGGCUGAGGCCGCCAAAACAACCUCGUGGGAGGAACCAGAGCCUUUCACGCUGCACAGUGGUGAGGCAGCCAUCUGGCCUGCUCCCCCUACUCUUUGCACACACGUUGUGUGUUGUGGAGCUGUGAGUUCACGUCCUGCGUGUGUCUUGCAGGGUGGGAUGCUCCGAUUCUGCUUCGGCAGCUCCUCCCUCAGAAGCUGCUCUCUAAGAUACCUGGCUGUGCGCGUUUGCUCUCUGGGGACACCAGGGACACCGUGCAGUGUUACCACCUGGAGCUCCUGCUGUAGCUUUAGCUUCUUGUCCCUGGGACAGAGGAGAGCUGCCUGCUGGGGAGGCUGCCCAGGCUGUGGAGCAAUGUGAGGACAGCUGCAGUCAAGGGGACUUAGGCACAUCCUCCGGUUAGCCCAAAGGCAGGCGUUUUCUUGGCUUAAGGAAAGCCUGCAAGCAUCAUUUGAGUAAUUUCUUCCUCUGACUUGUCAGCACCAGCUUCCACUUGCCAUCAUGCUGCUUAAAUCCUUCUGAGACCCUCUUAGUUUUCUCUGCUCUUGGCCAGCCAACAGCAUUUGAUGUUAUCCUUAGCAUCUCCUAUUGCUCUGUUCCUGCCUUCCCAAACUGUGUGCUGGCAGUGGCCCUAGCACAGCCUGCUACAUGUGCUCUUCACCUUUGUACAUGAGAUAAAGGCUGAUGAUUUCUUCUUCUCUCUAUUGUCUGUCAUAAUUUGUUGCUCAGUCUGUGACAAGCUAGUGUCUUCCAUAGCGUGGGGCUCUGUGCAAAGCUCUUUGAAAUGCCGGUGAUCUCAUAUCUACCUGAAGUCUUUUAUCGCGUGUUUUGUAUUACACCUUUGACUAAUUAGAGUGGCUGAGGAAGGCGUGACUGUGCCACAGUGCAGCACUCCUGGCUGUGCUUUGUGAUUUUUUUCUCUAUGGGGCCAGCAUUUCUUCCACUCUGAAUAAGGCUGGCAGGUCCUAACUCACUGUGCACUACCCCAGCCCUCCCAGGCUGCACCUACAUGGGAUGGGAGCUUAGCUGAGCUUUUGCAAUGCCCCUAAUGUCCUGGCCACCCAAAGACCUGGCAUCCUUUGUGCGAGUCUUUGUAGACAGAUGAGCAAGGCCAGAUCAGAUGUUUUGUUUCAGGAGUGUCUCCUUUGAGUCCUCCGCCUCUGCUGGGGCCUCAUCUUCAGUGGUGGCAUGAGACAGCAUGCAGGAGGUAUCACCCUCAUAUUCUCUGGGCUGGAGACUGUGCAGUGGUUGAGAAAGGACCUCAGGUCAUGUCUUAUGGCCCACAGUCAGGGGAGUGUCCCAUUCCCCUUUUUACAGAUGGACUGUUACUGACAGAGCUGAGAAUACUACUCUGUGAUAUGAGAAACCCAAGACAUCACCUCCAGCUUUCCUAAAGAUACAUGCCAAAUCGUGGCCAGAGCUGCUUCCUGGAGCUGGGACUCCUAGCACCGAUCAGUCACUCUCCAUGGACUGGCCUCCACUGUCCCCUGCCUGGCAUGGGGCUGUGUUGGACUUGAGCAAGCAGUUAGCCCCUAGUGAGUGUGUCCUGCUGCACUGAGGCAAAACUGGCCACAGCAAAGCACAGGAUUUCCUGUCUCAUUUUGUGUGACCUCUCCAGGCACUUCUUGUAACCUCCCAUGCCAGCCCAGAAAGUUUCCAGAUCAUUUUGUGAAACUGCUUGUUCCUGCUGGAAAUGAGCAACAUUAGCCUCAGGCUAAACCCUUUUGAUGCACAUACAGCUUAUUAGAGAUCCUCCUACCAUGUGCCAGUUGUUCUGCCACGCAUUUGUGUUCUGGGUCCAUCCCCAGCUUGUGGCCAGACCCUCAAAAAUGGUUCAUUCCCUGAGAAACAAGCUUCCCCAGGUGUUUUUCCCCAUCAUAUUUAGCUUUAGCCAAGGUGCCCAGGUAUUUUCUGGGUUGUUUGUCUGCCAUAGAUGCACCCUCUGUUCACACACAGACAUGGUGCCCACAGGCCCUGAGCUUUCCACAGACUCUGAGCUCUCCACCAAGUCCUGCUCUGCAGAUGCUCUGCUUUGUCCAUGCCUUGGCUUCCUGUCUGCACCUCAGCCUGUGAACUAGCUGGACCCACGCAGCAGUGCCCACUGUGCUCCCCUCCUGCUCUCAGCACGGGUUUCCUUCCUGUACCUCCAAGAACCCUUCUAGACUUUUAGCUAUGGCAUUGCGCUAGGCAAUAUGUUUAUUUUAGUUCCCUAAUGCCCUAAGCCUUUGUUAAGAUUCGCUGCUUCUCAGAGGGCGGUUUCCCAGACUUUAAGUAUGACUUGCAGUGUUUGUCCAUAAAUAUCUGACCUUGCUUUCAGUUUUGUUAUAAACAAGUUGCUUGGAUGAGCACUGCCUUUUAAUGCAUUGGAGUUCACUGAACAACAGUCUCCAGACAAGUCUCUUUGGUGCCAGUUCAGAGGUUUCGAGGUGGUUAGCAUUACUAGUUGUUGUUGAAUAUCCUCCCUAAUGCAGUAGAGAUUAUUUCCUUGCCAGUGCAAUCUCUGGAUGUUCUGUCCAGACAUUCCCAAAUAUAGACUAGAAGGACCUAGUGGAUCUUUCUGCUAGUUCAUCAUCCCUGAUUAGCUCACCAUCCUUCCAUCCUUAUCCAAUAACAGAGCAACAUUUACAGCAGGAUGUAUUUUUUCCAUAUCCGGUUAGAUUUCCUGUGAAAUCUGCUUAGAAUAGAUUUUUUUUUUCCCCCCACUGAUAAUGUAAGAGCAGGAGAGAGGCUGGCCAGAGCUGGGGCACAGGGCCACACUGUGAUAUCUUCAGCACUGGCCAGUCGCAGAUACUCGGGGAAGGGGCUGAGAAACAGGCCACAUAUGCAUUAUCCUGGGCUGUACUCACAGCUUAGGAACUGUCUCGAUAUACAGAUUGUGUCUUUGUGCUUAGAAGCCCCUGAUGGACUUCUCCCCAUCAUGAAUUGCUCCAAUCAUGUUUCGAGCCCCUCUAACUUCUCAGCAUCCUGUGGCAAUGAGCCCACAGCUUGAUUUUGGCUUUUAUCAAAAAGAAGAAUCCUCCUUUUAUUUUGUUAUCAUGUCACUUGACGGUCCCAGGCCCUUAAGGGCCACGUUUAAAACAUUCUUUCUCAGUAUUUGUUGUAGAAGACCUAGACACAGGCUACAUCAGCAGCUGGUCUGUCUGAGACCCCUUCUGGGCAGAGCUGGAGUCUGAGGAUGAUGAGAAGAGGAGAUGCCUAUUGAGUAGGACGAGCUGUGAAGACCAUAAAGAAUCGUCUCCUUUCCCUGCAGUUCACUUCUGGCUAAAUCACCUCCUCACACAUAGCUUCUCCCCUCGCCUUUCCCAGGUACCUGCCCCGGGGGCAACUCCCUUAGCAUGGCUAGGGCCUGAGGAUGCCCCUCGGUGGGAGCGGUGGUGCUGAGCAGAGCUGCGUGGGAGACCUGUGAGGCCCUGGAGGAGGGCUGGGCCCCCUGGCUUCGACAGAAAGGCCUGUUAGCUGGGAAGUUCACGGUGAAGAGCACUGAGGGUUGAAAUGCUCUGUGUGUCUGGGAACUUUGAGACUUCCUAUUUCUGUCACUGUCACCUCAAUGUCACCACUGAAACAGUUGUCUGCUGAAAACAUGGGUUCUGGCAAAACAGCAUCCCCAGUUGUGAUUAAACACAGAUGGCCUUGCCACAUAGUGACUUUCUCCAGAGCAGCCCAAAGGGCUCUUUUGGACUCGGUGAACUCUUGGUUUUUUGUCCUGCGGGGCGGCCCAGGUCCCCAGGGCCAGGAACGCGGGCAGGGCCUGCCAGUGACGCAGCGGGAAGGUGAGCGCUAGAGCAAGGUGCAGCUGGGGGUGCUCCCUCCCUCGCGGGCUGCACGUGCCCCGGCGCUGGCUCAGCACUGCACGGCAAAUCCCUCCCGCCCGCUCCUCCUGCCCUUCCGCCUCUUCAGGCAGGGCCAGCAUCAGCCCCGCGGGUCAAAGCAGACCCCUGCACCCCCCCGGGUGAGCUGCACGGCUGCUGACCUGCCCCCUGCAUGAUCCAGCCCCCCAGCACUUCCCCGCUUGGUCACCCUGAAAGCGGCUUCUGCAGGAGGUAGCAGGGUAGAGGGCGUGAGAGAGGGGCUAGACGUAGGGCGUGCAUGCACCCGGGGGCCCUGGCACGUGCCGUCCCCUCCCGGGCGUCCUCACAGUCCAGUCAGGGAUUUUUAAGUAAGCAAUAAUUACACUGAUUAAAAUGCAGCCUUGUCCCCCUGAUGGAGCACAGGGUGUAGGGCGGCGGGAGAGGGUGCGCAGGAGCUGAUUGCUGUGGCAGAGGGUGCGCGGGGAGAAGACACUGCCCUGUCUCCAUCACAGUGAUGGAGGAGCUGGUGCAACACGCUGCGCUCCCUCCCCACGGAGCAGAGACUCUGCGUAUCCGUGUAGCUCCUGCAUGGGUGAAUGGGAGCUCUCUCCUUGGAAAUAAAGGCCACUUACCCAA